AUAAUCGGAGAAACACGCGCACUGGGCGCUUCACUCACUUACAGCCUAUCACCUAUCACUGCACUAGACACUAGUGUAAAGGUCAAACGUAUUGUAGCCUGUCUGCAUUCCCGACACAACCCAUUUUCUACUCAACGUCCUUGGACAGUCGCCUUCUCACUGGUCGGUCACGUCCACUCACCUCUCACUUUGGUGCACAACAUCAGCCCAAUGGUUAUUUACUUGACCAUUCUCGCUGCACUCUCUGGAAUCGCUCAAGCACAAUUUCUCUUCGGACUGCUUCCCCAAAUCCCGCUCUUCACCCAACAACCGUUCGCACUUGGUCAAAACCUACCACCGUGGGAAACGCAAAUGACACCGACUCAACCGCUAAUGGAAAGCAUCGAAGAUGUGCCAAACCCCGACUUGGAACCAGGACAGUGGGCAGUACCCGAUCCGCAAUCAUGGCCACUCGGUCCUGAUUGGAACGACCCACGAAAUACGUGGGCAGCUGUAAAUGGUUGGACCAGUGAUGAGACAACAACGACAACAGAAACACGAUCUCGCUAA